CUUACGUUGCCGACCACUUACGUUACUUGCGUACGUAACUUACGUAGUCCAAAUCAGUCCGAGUCCAAAUCAUUCGAGAAAAGCCUAGGUCUUUUCGAUUCAUCGGCCGAGGAGAACAGUCCAUUCUUUUCGAAAAAUCGGCUGAAGAGAACAGUCAUGUCGCAUCGUAAGUUCUCGGCGCCCCGCCAUGGUUCCAUGGCCUUCUACCCCAAGAAGCGCUCAGCGCGCCACCGCGGCAAGGUCAAGGCCUUCCCCAAGGAUGACCCCAGCAAGCCAGUCCAUCUGACCUGCUUCAUCGGCUACAAGGCCGGUAUGACGCACAUCGUCCGCGAGGCCGAUCGUCCUGGCUCCAAGAUCAACAAGAAGGAGGUGGUUGAGGCCGUCACCGUCCUGGAGACCCCGCCCAUGAUUGUGGUCGGUGCCGUCGGCUACAUCGAGACUCCCUUCGGUCUGCGUGCCCUGGUCAACGUGUGGGCCCAGCAUCUGUCCGAGGAGUGCCGUCGUCGCUUCUACAAGAACUGGUACAAGAGCAAGAAGAAGGCUUUCACCAAGGCCAGCAAGAAGUGGACCGAUGAUCUCGGCAAGAAGAGCAUCGAGAAUGACUUCCGCAAGAUGCUGCGUUACUGCAAGGUGAUCCGUGUGAUUGCCCACUCGCAGAUCCGCUUGAUCAAGCAGCGCCAAAAGAAGGCCCAUGUCAUGGAGAUCCAGCUGAACGGCGGCUCCAUCGAGGACAAGGUCAAGUGGGCUCGCGAGCAUCUGGAGAAACCCAUCCAGGUCAGCAACGUUUUCGGACAGGACGAGAUGAUCGACUGCGUCGCCGUGACCAAGGGUAAGGGUUUCAAGGGUGUCACCUCGCGUUGGCACACCAAGAAGCUGCCCCGCAAGACGCACAAGGGUCUGCGCAAGGUGGCCUGUAUUGGAGCCUGGCAUCCGUCGCGUGUGUCCACCACCGUGGCCCGUGCUGGUCAGAAGGGUUACCACCACCGUACCGAGAUCAACAAGAAGAUCUACCGCAUCGGUGCUGGCAUCCACACCAAGGACGGCAAGGUCAUCAAGAACAACGCCUCCACCGAGUACGAUCUGACCGACAAGAGCAUCACCCCCAUGGGUGGCUUCCCCCACUACGGUGAGGUCAACAACGACUUCGUCAUGAUCAAGGGCUGCUGCAUCGGCUCCAAGAAGCGCAUCGUCACCCUGCGCAAGUCCCUGCUGAAGCACACCAAGCGCUCUGCGCUGGAGCAGAUCAAGCUCAAGUUCAUCGACACCUCGUCGAAGAUGGGUCAUGGUCGCUUCCAGACCCCUGCCGACAAGCUGGCCUUCAUGGGUCCGCUCAAGAAGGAUCGUCUCAAGGAGGAGGCCGCCGCUACCACCAGCGCUGCUGCCGCCGCCGCCACCACCACCGCUUAAGCAAAAUUACGUGUCAACGUUUAAUUGUCUGCUCGCUUCUACCGCCCACAGCUGCGGUAGGGCGGCGAUCAAUAAAAAGAUUUUGGCUAAGCUAAUGUAA